AACAUUUACAUCUGUGUAUUUGUCUCGAGAUGAAAAUCAUUGAAAAUGAUUGCUAGUUGAAUUUCAUGCUCAGUUAUUUUUUAAUUAGUUCCAAUCUUUAUCUACUUAUUUUGACUGGCUAUUUUAGUCACCAAUGUCUCAUCUAGGUAGUUUAAAAAGCGUCGAUGAAGAUGAUGAUGAUAUACCAAUUGUUUCCCUUGGUAUGGAGGAAACCUUUUUGGGUAAGAGAAGAUUUCUUGUUGGAUUGGUAUUAGCUGUUUCAUCAACACUUUUCAUCGGUACAAGUUUUAUAAUCAAAAAAGUUGGAUUAAAUCGAUUAAGUAGCAAAGGCCAACUACGUGCUGGUGCUGGAGGCUAUGGUUACUUAAAAGAUUGGGUCUGGUGGGCUGGUUUUCUUUUCAUGGCUUCUGGUGAACUAUUCAAUUUUGCAGCUUAUGCAUUCGCUCCAGCAUCCUUGGUCACACCAUUAGGAGCUUUAUCAAUUCUAGUCACAGCUUUAAUGGCUACAAAGUUCCUCAAGGAAAAGCUCAAUUUGUUAACCAUUAUCGGUUGCAUCAACUGCGUUUUUGGCUCUGCUGUAAUCGUUCUUCAUGCUCCUAAAGAAGGACAAAUAAAGAGUUUGGAUCAGUUGAAUACCAUGCUUGCCGAACCAUUAUUUAUUUGUUAUUUGUUAUUUGUUCUGAUCGCUUCUUCCAUUUUGAUUGGACUCGUAGCACCUAAAAAGGGCGAUAAAAACGUACUCGUCUACAUCUCUAUUUGCUCACUCAUCGGAUCUCUUUCUGUAAUGUCUUGCAAAGGCCUUGGCUUGGCUCUGACUGAAACCUUUUCCGGAAUCAAUAAUGCAUUAACACGAGGACUUUUCUGGUUUCUUCUAAUUUCUACUAUCAUUACCAUUGCCACUCAAAUGAAUUAUCUCAACAAAUCUCUUGAUAUUUUUGAUGCAACUAUUGUUACGCCUGUGUAUUAUGUUUUCUUCACAACUUGUGUUCUUAUUGCUUCCUCUAUCCUCUUCCAAGAAUGGAGCAAUAUGAAGGCUGAAGAUAUUAUUGGAACGUUGUCCGGUUUUUUUAUUGUUAUAGCUGGUGUUUUUAUGAUCAAUAUCUACAAAGACACAAAUCCCAGUUCAUUUCAUGUUCAUGACUCGGGUCGAAACCUGUAUAAUCAAAGUUCACCUUUACUUAAAUCUUUUGGGCCAUCAAAUAGUGCCAAUGGUGAUAGCAACACAAUAACGAGAAAUAGUUCCAGCUCUAAUAAACAUUCUUCGAGAAAAAAGAAACGUGGCCAACUACCUAAACCAAGACAUGAUGUCGAGAAGUUUUCUUCAUCUGAUGAAAUCGAAACAAAAACUAAUAAUACGUAUUAUGCAUGAUGAACUAUUUUGAAAAUAUAUUAAUUUAUUGUUUAAUUAUUUCCAAUUAGUUGAAUCGUGAGAUUUUUAGACUUAUCUAUGCAUCACCAACAAAACUACUCACUGAACCUCACAAAAAUAUAACUCACGGAGUAUUAUAUUUUGUAUAUAAAUCACAAACAUUGACCGGGUAAAUAUAUUGAUUUGGUGCAUAUCCGAACAGACUUUUGAUUGUAAUAUUCAUUUAAUUCGAUUAUAAAUUAUGUAAUUUAUGUUAUAACAGAAAAAUAAAUAAACAGAUUUUAAUUUUCAAGAAAUCACUUCUCUUUAAAA